AUGGUGAUCGGUCAGUUGUGGUUGAGCCAUCGGUAAGACAAGAUUAUUAGAACUUUUCAACCACUACAACCGGUAGCCAUUUUGAUAUACCUAAAAAAGUGGAAGUUAAAAUGUUUGGCAGCUGUUUCUACAUUCCUCUUUCGCAAAACAAUUUUUCUGUCACGCCUACCAAUGAUCUUCCGUUGGAUUUGAGCUAUAAACCAAAAGAAUGCAAGCAAUUUUCAAAUAACCAAAUUUUAACAGGAGACGUUGUACCUUCAGUCGGUGCUCACAAUCAAUUGGGCUUCAAAAGUGAUGCUGAUCUUACUGUAUCGCCUAUGCCUCUCGCCUCAUCGUGCCCAUUGCGGAAAACUCAGGACUUACUGCCUAGGAAAGCAUUAAGUCCUGACAGUACCAGUGCUGAAUCGAGAACUGUUUCGCUGUACGAUACAGAUUCCGACGACGACAUCCCUUCUCCUCACGAAGGAGAUGUUUCCACCAAGGAUCUUCACUCUUCAGGGAACGAUAGCCGUGUCAUGUCAGUUACGGCAAGUCAUCAACCGAUGCCGAGGAGAAACCGUGAAAGGACUCUUUUGCCCUGUCAAGUGUGCGGUAAAGCAUUUGAUCGUCCAUCGUUGCUGAAACGUCACAUACGCACGCACACUGGUGAAAAACCGCAUGUGUGUGAUGUUUGCGGAAAAGGGUUUUCCACUUCAAGCUCGUUGAAUACUCAUCGAAGAAUUCAUAGUGGCGAGAAACCACAUCAGUGCCCCAUCUGCGGAAAACGAUUUACGGCUUCAUCCAACCUUUAUUAUCAUAGAAUGACUCACGUAAAGGAAAAGCCCCACAAAUGUACGAUGUGCAAUAAAUCAUUCCCCACGCCGGGAGAUUUGAAAUCUCACAUGUACGUCCACAACGGUAGUUGGCCUUUCCAGUGCCAUGUAUGCAAGCGGGGUUUUAGCAAGCAGACCAAUUUGCGGAAUCAUCUUUUUCUUCAUACUGGAAAAAAACCACACAAUUGUUUGCGCUGUGGAAAGUGUUUUGCCUUAGCCUGCAACUUAAGAGCACACCUGCGAACUCAUCCCGAAUCAAACUCCUGUCAACUUGAAACUAAAGCUGAUCGAGCGGAGAAACAUUCAGAUUCACAAGAUAACAAAGUUAAUCCAAUAUUUUCUGCUUCCACAACACAAGAGCCCGUGGAAGGAAGUUGCCCCAUACCUCAAUUAAACCCCCGUUUGGUGGAUCACGUCUUCUUUUGGCAGUCUAUUCAACAACAACUAACAACCGACAUGUUAAUACAACAACAUCAGCAAAUUCAUGUGGACCCACUGCAUUUCACAUCUUCCUCAUCUCGUCCAUUCAAAUCCUUCAAAUGAAUUCUUCACGAACAAAUUGUAUACCUACAACAAUACUCACAAUAUAAAUACGUGUAAAUGUUUCGUCUCAAUAUAACACAACAUAAAAAAAAAUAUUAUUUUCACUUUCCAAAUGAAAUAAACCCAAGUUCAAUAGGCGGAGUACGAAUUAAAGAAGUAAGAGGAGGUUAGGGGUUUUUUCCUUUUCCUUUUUUUGUGUUAAAUCCUAAACGUGGUCUGUCUCGCAAAUUUGUGACUGGCGUGCUGUGAACCUAUUC